CGCGCUAACACACAACACGCCGUCGCGCUAACGCAACUUUGCACAACACGCCGUCGCGCUAACACACAACACGCCGUCGCGCUAACACAACUUUGCAUAACACGCCGUCGCGCUAACACACAACACGCCGUCGCGCUAACACACAACACGCCGUCGCGCUAACACAACUUUGCACAACACGCCGUCGCGCUAACACAACUUUGCACAACACGCCGUCGCGCUAACGCAACUUUGCAAGUUUCACAGUCUAUUAGGAAGUCGUGUCCGGAAAUAUAAGACUGCGCAUGCUGAUUGCAAUUAACGUGUUCAUCACUUUUAGAAUGCAGAAUGAACCCAAUGGGAUAUUCGUCUUUGACAGAAGGCAAUCACAGGGAAGACGUUACUCGAGAAGACCUCAUUCGAGACUAUUUCUACGGUGGGUACACAAAUCUAGAGAUUUGUGGUAUCCUGCUUUUACGACAUGAAAUAGUUAUCAGUAUAAGACAUCUGAAAAGAAUAUUGGCGAUGAUGGGACUAAGAAGACGAAUGCUGCAAAACACUGUUGAGGCAUCUUAUGCUAUCAUGGAGGAAUUAAAUGGAAGUGGUUCUUCUCUUGGAUGUCGUGGACUACAGCGUCGUCUUUUGUCACAUGGACUCGUGGUUUCAAGAGAACAGGUUUUGGCCAUUCAAAAGGAACUGGACCCUAUUGGUGUUUUGGAAAGAAAACAGAGGCGUCUAAAGAGAAGAGUAUAUCAUAACAAAGGCCCUAAUUAUCUAUUGCAUGUCGAUGGAUAUGAUAAGCUUAAAAGAUUCGGUUUCGCAAUUCAUGGAUGCGUGAUUAUUUUGUCUAAUCCUUUGGAUGAAUUACAGGAGUUCCAAGGUGUAUAA